UUGCCACCCCCUACCCCUGGCAGCAGCAGCAGCAGCAGAGCAGGUUUGCAGGAUGCCGAGGAGAAAGCAGCAAGCGCCCCGGCGCGCAGCAGCUUAUGUUUCCGACGAACUGAAAGCUGCAGCCUUGGUGGAUGAAGACAUGGACCCCGAGGAGGGGGCGGCUGAUGGAGAGCCCUCGGCAAAAUACGUGUGUCCAGAAAAAGACUACAGUAAGAACUGCCAGAGCUCCCAGAACUCUCCCGCAGCCGAGUUUUCCAGUCACGAAAUGGACAGCGAGUCUCACAUCAGCGAGACCAGUGACCGGAUGGCCGACUUCGAGAGCGGCUCCAUCAAAAACGAGGAGGAGAGCAAAGAGGUUUCGAUCCCGCUCGAGGACUCGGCCGUAUCUGAUAGUUUAGAACAGAUGAAAGCCGUCUAUAACAAUUUCCUCUCCAAUUCGUAUUGGUCCAACCUCAAUCUGAACCUGCACCAGGCCACGUCGGAGAAAAACAAUGGAGGCAGCAGCAGCAGCAGCAGCAGUAGCAGCAGCAGUUGUGGGAGCGGGAGCUUUGACUGGCACCAGAGCGCCAUGGCAAAGACACUGCAGCAAGUGUCUCAGACCCGGAUCCUCCCCGAACCCAGUCUUUUUAGCACGGUUCAGCUGUACAGGCAGAGCAGUAAGCUUUACGGCUCUAUAUUUACCGGAGCCAGUAAAUUCCGCUGUAAAGACUGCAGUGCGGCCUACGAUACUUUAGUAGAAUUAACGGUGCACAUGAACGAAACGGGACAUUAUCGAGACGACAACCACGAAACUGAUAACAAUAACCCGAAAAGGUGGUCGAAACCCCGUAAACGGUCUUUGCUGGAAAUGGAAGGCAAGGAAGACGCUCAGAAAGUAUUAAAGUGCAUGUACUGUGGGCAUUCGUUUGAGUCCCUGCAGGACUUGAGUGUUCACAUGAUCAAAACAAAACACUACCAAAAAGUGCCUCUGAAGGAACCCGUCACUCCCGUUGCCACAAAAAUCAUCCCUGCCACCAGGAAGAAAGCGUCACUGGAACUGGAGCUCCCCAGCUCCCCCGACUCCACCGGCGGCACCCCCAAAGCCACAAUGUCUGAGUCGAAUGACGCGCUCCAAAAGAACUCCAACCCCUAUAUCACGCCAAAUAACCGCUACGGCCACCAGAACGGGGCCAGCUACGCCUGGCACUUUGAGGCCCGGAAAUCCCAGAUCCUCAAGUGCAUGGAGUGCGGGAGCUCCCACGACACCCUGCAGGAGCUCACGGCCCACAUGAUGGUCACUGGCCAUUUUAUCAAAGUCACCAACUCUGCUAUGAAGAAGGGAAAGCCUAUCAUUGAGGCCCCCGUCACGCCCACCAUCACGGCGCUGCUGGACGAGAAGGUCCAAUCUGUGCCGCUGGCGGCCACUACGUUCACAUCUCCCUCCAACACACCUGCUAGCGUUUCGCCGAAGCUGAACGUGGAGGUCAAGAAGGAGGUGGAGAAGGAGAGGGGGGCCGCAGAUGAGAAGGCUAAAGACAAGGAGAAGCCGGGCGACGAGGAGGAGAAAUAUGACAUCUCCUCCAAGUACCAUUAUCUGACAGAAAAUGACCUAGAAGAGAGUCCCAAAGGUGGGUUAGACAUCUUAAAAUCGCUAGAAAACACAGUCACUUCGGCUAUAAACAAAGCCCAGAAUGGCACCCCGAGCUGGGGGGGCUACCCGAGUAUUCACGCUGCCUACCAGCUCCCAAACAUGAUGAAGCUGUCUCUGGGCUCAGCGGGGAAAAGCACACCCUUAAAACCCAUGUUCGGCAACGCCGAGAUCGUGUCCCCGACAAAGAACCAGACCUUAGUGUCGCCCCCCAGCAGCCAAACGUCUCCCAUGCCCAAGACCAACUUUCAUGCCAUGGAAGAGUUGGUCAAGAAAGUCACCGAGAAAGUAGCCAAGGUGGAAGAGAAGAUGAAGGAGCCCGAAGGGAAGCUCUCUCCGCUGAAGCGGGCCACGCCUUCCCCUUGCAGCAGUGAAGUGAGUGAACCCAUCAAGAUGGAGGCUUCGAGCGAGGGCGGGGGCAAGAGUCAGCAGAACAGCCCCGGCCCCCAGAGGGAUGGCUGCAAGGAGAGCCCCCCGGGGGAGCCGGUGGAGAACGGCAAAGAGCUGGCCAAGCCGAUGGCGGGCGGUCUGAGUAGUAGUAGUAGUAGCAGCAGCAGCAGCACGGCCAUCAUCACGGACCACCCGCCCGAGCAACCGUUUGUGAACCCGCUGAGUGCCCUCCAAUCUGUCAUGAACAUCCACCUGGGCAAGGCGGCCAAGCCCUCCCUGCCCGCCCUGGACCCCAUGAGCAUGCUUUUCAAAAUGAGCAACAGCCUGGCGGAGAAGGCCGCGGUGGCCACCCCGCCCCUGCAGGCCAAGAAGGCCGACCCCCUAGACCGCUACUUCUACCACGUCAACAACGACCAGCCCAUCGACUUGACGAAAGGGAAGAGUGACAAGAACUGCUCGCUGGGUUCGGUGCUGCUGUCGCCCUCGUCGACGUCUCCCGCCUCCUCUUCCUCCGCGGUGACGACGGCCAAGACCGCCGCGGUCGUGUCGUUCAUGUCCAACUCACCCCUGCGCGAGAAUGCCCUGUCGGACAUUUCCGACAUGCUGAAGAACCUGACGGAGAGCCACACGUCUAAAUCCUCCACGCCCUCCAGCAUCUCUGAGAAGUCCGACAUUGACGGUACCACGAUAGAGGAACCGGAGGAGACGACGCCGGCCCAGAAGCGGAAGGGCCGUCAGUCUAACUGGAACCCUCAGCACUUGCUCAUCCUGCAGGCCCAGUUUGCGGCCAGCCUCCGGCAGACGUCGGAAGGGAAGUACAUCAUGUCGGACCUGAGCCCCCAGGAACGGAUGCACAUCUCCAGGUUCACCGGACUCUCGAUGACCACCAUCAGCCACUGGCUGGCCAACGUCAAAUACCAGCUUCGAAGGACAGGGGGAACAAAAUUCCUCAAAAACCUGGACACCGGGCACCCGGUGUUCUUUUGUAACGACUGUGCUUCUCAGAUCCGGACUCCUUCUACGUACAUCAGUCACCUCGAGUCCCAUCUAGGUUUCAGGUUAAGAGACUUGUCCAAAUUGUCCAACGAACAGAUUAACAACCAGAUAGCACAAACCAAGUCGCCCUCAGAAAAACUGGUGACGUCAUCUCCGGAGGAAGAGCUGGGAACAUCGUACCAAUGUAAACUGUGCAAUCGGACCUUUGCGAGCAAGCAUGCUGUUAAGCUUCAUCUUAGCAAAACACACGGAAAAUCGCCAGAGGACCACCUCCUGUAUGUUUCAGAGUUAGAGAAGCAGUAGCGUUUGCUUUUGAUUAAAAUAACUGUAAUUUGCUUUGAGGAAAACUGUCAGAGACGCCUUAAAGCUACUGUUUAGUUCUUGGCACAUGUUCUUAUUUUAACUGCAGAGAAUCACUCUGGGCUGAACUGUUUUGUAUAACUGUACAGUGUUUAAUAGAGGUGCAUAAUCAGCUGUUGUUACUGGUAAAAUAUGAAGGUUAAAAUGCAGUGGUAAGUGUUUGGAACUUUGUGUAAAUUGGAUUUAGUUGUGGGCAUCCCUCUGAUGCAUCAAGCUGCAUGCAUUAACAGACAGUUUAAUUAAGCAUUUAUAACUAAAUCUGGUGCACUUUCUCCAUGGGGCCCAAGUGUGCUGGGACUUCUCACCCUUUAAUCUUUAGCCCUCUGAGUACUUUGAAGCACUUUUGCAUUAAUUUGGUUUAAAAAAAAUGUAUGGAACUCUGGAUUUUUUUUUUAUUCCUAACCAGUUUAGUUCUGAUUAAUGAUAUGAACCUCCAUUUAUGCAGGUCUGCAGGGGUAUAACAUACCUUGAAAUUUAAAAGAAUAUUAUUUUCACAUUGAAACAUAGAUGUAUAUAUUGUAUAGAUUUCAGACUCUUAUGAAAAAUGUGAUUGUGGUUAAAUGAACUUUUUGUUCCUUCUGCAUUUAUAGCAACAGUGUUUUAUUGUACCUGCUAUGCUCCAGGCAUAAGCCGUGCCUAUGUAUAGUGUAUAUUUCAUUUUUUUAGGUCUGUUUUUUUUUUUACAUUCAAACCUUGUAAAUUAUGCAAAGGAUACCACAGAUAUCAUUUAUAAAGUAUUCAGAAACAUUAUUCUUAAAGCAAAGUAUGAUUGUUUUGCUAUACAGUACAUCUAUAUUGAUAGAGGUUCAUGUUUAAAUUAUACAUAUUUAUUAGCAGCAUAUUAUCAUUUGUUUCAAACAGUCUGUCUAACAGAAGCCACGGACUGCCUCCCUGGUGCCCAUCCUAACUACUUUGCACAAUAUGAUUUUUCAAAGUAUUUAUUAGAAAUAAAAAAAAGAACAAAAUAAACUCAGUGCUCAAAGGGUUAAGUCUAUUUGAAAAGGAAAAAAAAAACUUGUACUGUAUUUCCUAAACAUUGAUAAAGCCUUUAAAAUGUUUGUACUGUAAUACUUUGCUUAAAAGUUAUGAGGCAUUCUGUGAUACAACCUCUUUUACUUAUUUAUAAGCGCUCUUGGUUGUUAUUUCAUAUUGUAGAAUGCCUUUUUAUUUCAGUUGGUAACUUUCUGUUUUGUUCUGCCUAAUUAUUCUCCCAAGAUUCCAUACUGCAGCUUUAUCUUUAGGCAUAUGAAAGGUAACCCGUGGUUACCAGCACACUAAGUGAUUCUGUUCGUCUCCAUUUUUGGCAGUUAAUUUGCAGAAGUAACUGACAGCUGACACCAUAUGAGAAUCUAUGUAUAAAAUAUUGGCAUGUAAACAGCACAGACUCUGUAACGCACUCUGUGCCCUGUUUUGUUGUUGACAAUGAAGCACCAUUAUAUGACUCUUCAUAUAACCUUUUUUUCUACUGCAGCAUUAAAAUUGUCUUUUUGCUAUAA